AUGGAACGAAUUCUAUAUGAUCAACUAUAUGAUUAUUUAACUAAAUUUGGGCAUCUAAGUGAUUGUCAAUUUGGUUUUCGAAAAUUUCACUCUACAACUACAGCAUUACUGGACUGUACAAACGAGUGGUAUAUGAAUCUAGACAGGAAAAAAUUUAAUCUGGUAAUCUUAAUUGACCUAAAGAAAGCAUUUGAUACUGUUGACCAUCAAAUUUUAUUGAAAAAACUAGAGUUAUAUGGAGUAAAAGGGCAAGCCCUAUCUUUUGUCCAAUCGUAUAUCUCCAAUAGAAAGCAGAAAUGCCAAAUUCAAAACUCUCUCUCAUCAGAGAAACUGAUCAAAUGUGGAGUACCACAAGGCUCUAUUUUAGGGCCACUAUUUUUCCUACUAUAUAUUAAUGAUUUGCCUCAAUGUCUAUAUAAAACAAAACCUCGGCUGUUUGCUGACGAUACGAACCUGACAGCUUCUGGAGACUCUAUUACUGAUCUUGAGGCUGCAGUGAAUUCUGAUUUAGAAAAUCUUAGAAAAUGGCUAAUUGCCAAUAAACUUAGCCUAAAUGUAGCUAAGACAGAGUUUAUGUUAAUUGGCUCUAAACAAAUGAUUAGAAGUAUUUCAGAUCUACAACUAAACGUUAAAAUUGAAAACGAAUCAGUUAAGCAAGUUCAUGAAUCCAUAACCCUUGGGGUGACAAUUGACCAGCAUUUAUCUUGGAAAAGUAACACUGAGAAUAUUUGCAAGAAAAUAACAUCCGGUAUAUCUGCUCUUAGACGACUGAAAGAAUUUGCUGAUAAGCAAGCCCUUCUUUCUGUGUAUAAUGCUAUUGUUCGCCCAUACUUCGAUUACUGCUGUGAAGUAUGGGAUGU